GCCUCGGCGCUCCGAAAGUUAGGAACUGCACGUACUAACUGCAGGUAUUAUCUCCCACAAGUACAAGUAAUUCUUACCGUCAGAUCAGUUCACGCGGUUUUAAUUUCUUCUCAUAAGUCACAAUCGCAAUUGCUGUGUUUCGGGAAUUCGAUAGGAUCAUCGGAUUGUCCCCGCGAUCAGCCGUUCUGCUCGAUCGAUUAAUCCCAAAACCCUAUCAAUGGCGAUCGAAAACCCCUCAAAAAUCGACGGCAACGCGCUAGUCGCAAUGUGCCUAUCACGCGCGGGCGUAGAUAGGAUGUUCGGUGUGGUGGGAAUCCCCGUGACGUCACUCGCUAACAAGGCGGUGGCGCUAGGCGUCCGAUUCAUCGCCUUCCACAACGAGCAGUCGGCCGGGUACGCCGCCUCGGCGUACGGCUACCUCACGCGCCGCCCAGGGGUUCUCCUCACCGUCUCCGGCCCCGGCUGCGUCCACGGCCUCGCCGGCCUAUCCAACGCCGCCGCAAACGCUUGGCCUAUGGUCAUGAUCUCCGGUUCCUCCGACCAGAGUUUCACCGGCCGCGGCGACUUUCAGGAGCUCGAUCAAAUCGCCGCCGCUAAGCCCUUCGCCAAAUUCUCCGCCAAAGCGACGGACAUAACCAAAAUCCCCAAAUCCGUCUUCAGCGUCAUCGAUUCGGCAGCUUCCGGCCGUCCCGGAGGGACCUAUCUCGACCUCCCCUCCGAUGUCCUCCAUCAAACCAUCGAUGAGUCCGAGGCGGAGCAAUUGAUCGCCGAAGCCCUAAGUUAUCGGAAAAAUCAAUUGAUUCAAAAUCCUAGGGUUUCCAAUUCCACCACGAUCCAAAAGGCUGUAGAAUUACUGAAAACUUCCCAGAGACCUCUGAUAGUGUUUGGAAAGGGAGCAGCUUAUUCCAGAGCAGAAAAUGAGCUCACAAAAUUAAUCGAAAGCACUGGAAUUCCAUUCCUGCCUACUCCCAUGGGGAAAGGGCUGCUUCCCGACAGCCAUGAACUCGCAGCCACAGCUGCAAGAUCUCUAGCAAUUGGGAAAUGUGAUGUAGCAUUGGUGGUUGGAGCCAGGCUGAAUUGGCUAUUGCAUUUUGGGGAGCCACCAAAGUGGUCGAAAGAGGUGAAGUUCAUCCUCGUCGACAUAUCCGAAGAGGAGAUUGAAUUGAGGAAGCCAUGUUUGGGGAUAGUCGGGGAUGCUAAAGAAGUCGUGGGGAUGCUGCACAAGGAGAUCAAAGAUGAUCCAUUUUGCUUGGGGAAGACACAUCCGUGGGUGGAGGCGCUAAGGGGGAAGAGUAAUGAAAAUCUGGCAAAUAUGGAGGCGCAGUUGGCGAAGGAAGUGGUGCCGUUUAAUUUUCUUACGCCGAUGAAGAUUAUAAGGGAUGCAAUUUUGGGGUUGGGUAGUCCUGCUCCCAUACUGGUUUCCGAAGGGGCUAAUACCAUGGAUCUCGGGCGAGCUGUUCUUGUGCAAAUGGAGCCGCGGACUAGGUUGGAUGCGGGAACUUGGGGGACAAUGGGGGUUGGCCUUGGAUACUGUAUUGCUGCUGCUGUGGCAUCGCCUGAUCGAUUGGUGGUGGCUGUGGAAGGGGACUCGGGGUUUGGAUUCAGUGCCAUGGAAGUUGAGACACUGGUGCGCUACCAAUUACCCGUGGUCGUAAUAGUGUUCAACAAUGGCGGAGUAUACGGCGGAGAUCGUAGAAACCCGGAGGAAAUCUCGGGGCCGUACAAGGACGAUCCUGCGCCAACGUCUUUUGUUCCCGGCGCUGCUUACCACAUCCUUCUGGAAGCUUUUGGAGGAAAAGGGUAUCUUGCAGCGACUCCAGACGAGCUGAAAUCUGCUCUCGCCGAGGCGUUUUCUGCUCGGAAACCUACUGUCAUAAAUGUUGUGAUCGAUCCUUUUGCCGGCGCCGAAAGCGGGAGAAUGCAGCACAAGAACUGAACUGUGAAAGAAAUUAAUUGUAUCUACAAAUUGAGGUUUGUUUUGGCUCUGUGCUUUUUACAUGAUUAUUGUUGUUUGUUUGAUUGUUUUUGGUAAUUAUAUUGGCUUUACCUGUGGACUGUACGGAUUAAAAUUUCCUCCUCCGGGAGUUACAUCAAUUUCGACAUCUGAAAA